CAAUCAGUUUAUCAGCCAUUCUCCCGAACGCCGUUGCUAUUACUGUCAGGGUAUCGGAAGCACAAAAAUCUGAACCUGACGAUCCUCGUGGGUAUCGGUGGCUCUUGGAUGUCUCCGCCAUGAUGAGAGACUGCUAGCGGCGGUGAGGACUACCUUGCGGUGGCCGCCGGAGAAGAUGAUAUUCCGGGCACCCGUUUCUUAGUAAAAUGCCGGCUAUUGUUCCCUGCCACCUUUGCAGUUUCGAACUCACUGUGUCAAGAUCCACACGGCCAUGUCUAGAUUUCUUGGUUGUGGAAAUGUUAAAAGGUUUGCACAUUCUCUUAUCCAAAAACAGAAGACUAGUUGCUGGGAAGUGUUUAAUAUUGGGCCACAUUGUACAGGGGGAUCCCCAUUCUCAGCGUACAGAUCUUCUUUAUACUAUAGACUUAUAUUAAAAAAAAACUUUUUGACAAGUGGCAAAGCAAGGAACUUCUGCGCCUUUAAGGAAAAUAAUGUAAAUAAUCAGUGUGCUCAAGUUGUUUGGAGCAGGAUUUCUCAAAUAUAUUUCCAUACUGUGCCAGCUCUACCACCAAUAGGUCAAAUUGCCCGUGCAGUAAGUCUGGCUUUGUUCCGAUCAAAUGUUAUUGUGCCUGGUGUUGUUUUUUUCAUAGCAGGAGAGCUUUCAUGGACACAUCAGACGUGGGCAGAAGCAGAAUCCUUCCCAUCAAGGGAAAUUCUGUACAUGCACGCACAAGAUGGACAGUUAUACUUGGCCACUGCUUUGUUCAAUGUCCUUGAGAUUUUUAUCUUGUUUUUCAGGGCUAUCUAUUUGUUAAUUUUGUUCUUACCUUGCAUAGCUAUAUCUCCGUUUGUGGACUUUGGUGGUGUCAAUUUUAGGAAAACAUGGAUUCAUUUUGUCCGCCUUACACUGGAAAAAGCUGGCUCAGCAUUCAUUAAAUGGGGUCAGUGGGCUGCUACAAGACCAGAUCUCUUUCCUAAGGAUCUUUGUUCUGAGCUGGCAAAACUUCACACGAAAGCACCAUCACAUGAAUUUUCAUAUAGCAGAAAAAGCAUUGAGAAUGCAUUUGGUCGCAAAUUGCAUGAAAUUUUUGAGAACUUUGAUGAGGACCCUGUAGCAUCAGGUAGCAUUGCUCAAGUUCAUCGAGCUACACUUAAAUACAGAUACCCUGGUCAGCAAAUCAAACCUGUUGUUGUUGCAGUUAAAGUCCGGCAUCCAGGUGUUAGUGAAGCAAUUAGAAGGGACUUUAUCAUCAUCAAUCUUCUUGCCAAGAUUUCUAGGUUCCUUCCUAAUUUGAAGUGGUUGAAAUUAGAUGAAAGCUUACAGCAGUUUGCUAUUUUUAUGAUGUCUCAAGUUGAUCUUUCAAGAGAAGCAGCUCAUUUAAGUCGAUUUAUCUAUAAUUUCCGGAAAUGGAAGGAUGUUUCAUUCCCAAAGCCGUUGUACCCUCUAGUACACCCAUCUGUUUUAGUGGAAACCUAUGAACAUGGUGAAAAUGUAUCGUACUAUGUUGAUGAGCUUGAGGGACAUGAAAAAUUCAAAACUACCCUUGCUCAUAUUGGAACUCAUGCUCUUUUAAAGAUGCUUCUGGUGGAUAACUUUAUCCAUGCAGAUAUGCAUCCUGGAAAUAUCCUUGUCCGCAGAACACAGAGCAGAUCAUCACAGAUGCAGCUCUUUAAAUCAAGGCCUCAUGUUGUUUUCCUUGACGUUGGCAUGACUACUGAACUCUCCAAGAGGGAGCAACAACACUUACUGGAAUUCUUUAAGGCUGUUUCAGUUUUAGAUGGUCACCUUGCUGCACAGUGUACUCUUAAAUUAUCUAAACAACAAAGUUGUCCUGAUCCAAAAUCUUUCAUUGAGGAUGUUGAGAAAUCAUUUAACCUCUGGAAGGUAGAAACCUAUCACCCAGCUGACUGUAUGCAGCAAUUGCUUGAGCAUGUUAGGCAGCAUAAAGUCAAUUUAGAUGGCAAUAUAUGCUCUGUGGUGGUGACCAUGUUGGUUUUGGAGGGGUGGCAGCGCAGACUUGAUCCAGAAUAUGAUGUGAUGCGCACUUUGCAGACACUGCUUUUUAGAUCUGAUUUGGCAAAGUCACUGUCUUACACCAUCGAAGGACUGAUGGCUCCGUGAAUGAUGGUCACUUGAUGGUCACUUGAUGCCGCACACUCCCCCACCCCCCCCCCCAUUUUUUUUUUUUUUUGAGGAUGCUAGUUGAAGUAGAGUGUAAAUGAAGUGUACUUAGGUUAGGAACAUUGUCUACAAUUUUUAAGGUUGUUAAUUUGUUUCUGAUAGUAUGUUGAGAGCUUGGCCCCAAGCUGUUCCUAACCAUUUCUUAGUCACCCCGUUAACUCAUGAUGUCAAGAAAAACAGCCAACCAGAAUAAUCCAAGAAAAGGGAUGUACAUCCCAUGGAAUGAUUCUUUUUCCA